CUAUUAGUUCUCGUGCUUCCACCUCUCUCUCUCUCUGUAAUCCCUAAACCCUAGUUUUGUAAAGCUUUUUAACAUCCUCACAUCCCCUGUUACUCUCUCUCUCCUAUAGCUGCGCCCAUUAUUUCCAUCAAUUUAUUGGGUUUUCUUCUCUCCAUAGAUUUCAGCGAUGUCUGAAGAAGAUGUUGUUGCUGCGGGUGCUACCUCACCAGUUGUUUCUGAUAAAAAGAGGAAGAUUGAUGAUAUAGAGGCUCCUGAGAUUACAAAAAAUGGGGUUUCUAGCCCUAAACAUGCCACUGAAAACGAGGGUGAUUCUGAAGCUCCCAACGAAGAGAAUCAAAACCCUAUCCCAGAGGCUCAAGAGAUAGAUUAUCGCCUCUCAAAUUCUAGUGAUGUUAAGAAGCAUCGUCUUGAUGAAUCAAGUGACGAGCCUGAACAUGGCUCAGAGGUGCAUAAGUCUGAGGAGCUUCCUUCAGAGAAUUCUCAACCUGCUCCUGUGGAGACUCCCCAACAGCUGUCCACUGGUGUUCCUCCACAAGCUGAUAUCCCUCCUGUUCAAGAGCAACCUAAACUGGAUCUUCAGCCUAUUUCUCGUAAAGUUGAAGUUCCUAAUGGCAAGGUUGGAGUUCUCAUUGGAAAGGCUGGGGAUACUAUCAGAUAUCUCCAAUAUAAUUCUGGGGCGAAAAUUCAAAUCACAAGAGAUGCUGAUGCUGAUCCACAUGCUUCAACUAGGCCAGUGGAACUGAUAGGAACUCUAGAGAAUAUUAAUAAGGCGGAGCAGCUGAUAAAGGAUGUGAUUGCGGAGGCUGAUGCUGGGGGUUCCCCAGCUCUUGUUGCUAGGGGUUUCGGUACCGCACAAUCUGGUGGAGAGCAAGUUCAGAUACAGGUUCCAAAUGACAAGGUAGGAUUGAUCAUUGGUAAAGGAGGUGAAACCAUUAAGAAUCUGCAGACGCGAUCUGGAGCUCGCAUACAGUUGAUCCCACAGCAUCUUCCAGAGGGUGAUGUAUCUAAAGAAAGAACUGUACGUGUGACUGGAAAUAAGAAACAGAUUGAGACUGCACAAGAAAUGAUCAAGGAAGUAAUGAAUCAGGCUCCUACAAGGCCUCCAUCUCUCUCCACUGGCUACCCCCAACAAACGUACCGCCCUCGUGGACCCCCUGGACCACCUCAAUGGCAGGCACGCCCACCCCCUCCUGCCCAACCAACAACGUAUGAUUAUCAACAACGUGGACCCUACCCUACCACCCAACAAUCCUCUCAAUAUCCGCCUCCAACCUACAGUAGUUACCCACCUCCACAAGCCCCAAGAAGCUAUGCUCCAGGUUGGGAACAAAGGCCCCCUCAAACUACUAGUCAAACUGGAGGCUAUGAUUACUAUAGCCAACAACCCCCUCAAGCCUCAGAACCCUUAGCCUCUGGUCCCCCACCAACUGCCAAUCCUACACCAGCCCAUGUGCCACCUCCUUACAAUUAUACACAACCCCAUGCUACAGAUUACCCCCAAAACCCUCCAUAUGCUCAAUCUGUGCCACCCCAACAAAGUUAUGGACCGGGAUAUGAGAACCCAAGCUACGAUAAACCACCUCCAACUCAGCAUCCAUAUGGCGGCCCUCAUCCUGAUGCUCAAGGAGGCUAUUCACAAGCGGGACCCCCCCAAGCAGGGUACCAACCACAAUUAGGGUACGCCCAAACGGGUUCCGCUCAAGCUGGGUACCCUCAGUCAGGUGGUACCCCCACCCAACCGGCUUACUCUCAACCAGUGCCCGCACAAUCAGGGUACCCUUCCCAUAUGGGGCCUGUCCAAUCAGGUUACCAUCAAUCAGGCCCUCCCCCAUCAGGGUACUCUCAACCUGCACCCGCUCCAUCGGGGUACACUCAACCUGGCUAUUCACAGCCACCAGCAUAUGGUAAACCUAGCUAUGGGCCGCCACAGCCGGCUCCUGCACCUCAUUCUUAUGGGCCUCCUAGGCCAGCCCAACCUGGAGAUGUCUCACAGCAUACACCUCCAUCAUAUGGAACAUCUCAGCCCUCAUAUCCUUAUGGGUCAGCACCACCUGCUACUCAAGAUGGUUACAACCAGCAAUUACCACCUAAUCAACCAGGUUAUGGUCAAGGGCAAAGUAGUAAUUAUGGACAGCCAGCUUAUGGUCAAUAUCCAUCUUCUCAACCGGGGUAUGCAGAACCCCCUCAAAGUAAUGUGAACUAUGGUGCACCACCACCGACUGAGGUGGCAUAUAAUAGUGCACAUGGUCCAGCCCCUGGUGGUGCAAGUGGCCAACCUGGUUAUGCCCAACCUGGCCCAAGCCAGGUGGGUUAUGAGCAGCAACCGGUGGCUCAGUCAGGCUAUGGUGGUUAUGGUGGAGGCGCCCAGGCUGGUUAUGUGAAGAGCUUAUCACCUCAACCAGGAUAUACCCAGUAUGACGCAAGCCAAGCAUAUGGCCACCACUCUUAAGAUUAUUGGCAGAAUCCUUGCAUCAUUCUUUCUAGGGUCGCAGUAAGAGCGGGAGUGAACUUGCAGGUAUCCUUAUUUCCUCUUGAAUUUUAGCAUGAAUCGAUAUUUUGAUCUCUUCGUAAAGGUGGUAUUUUUUGUUCUUUUUUUCUUUUUCUCUUUCUUUUCUUCCUGGUUUUAGACGUAUGGUUGUCAUGGAACCUGUUUUUCUGUCUUUCGGUUGAGUUUUGUCAUAGGCAAUCUGAUUCUGUUCUUGUAGUAGUGGGAUGAGAAGUAAUUUAGCUAUAUGAGACUGGUUAUGUAGCUUGUCAUUGUACUUUGGUAUUACUUGUGGGCUUUAUGCUGUGGUUCUUUGGAUUUCAUGAUGUUAUCGCUUGAAUGCAAACAUGGAUGUGUAUUGGAAUAUGCAUAUAUGCAUGACUGUUUUCAUGUACGUGUAGAGCAUGUCCGUCCUACUUUUCUUCAAUAUUUGUUUUUGUUGGCAUGUUCUCUCUGCCAUCUUGGUUAUGUAUUUGGGUAGACUGAAACUCUUGUACAUCAUGUCUUUUCUUGCCAUGGCAUGUUCUCUCUGCCAUCUUGGUUAUGUAUUUGAGUAUACUGAAACUUCUAUACAUCAUGUCUUUUCUUGCCAUGGCAAUUGAAGUUUGUGGCAAUUAAUGUUUAUGGAGUCUUCGAGGUUGAGUGCAUGAACCCGUAAUGAUGGUAGAAUAAAUUGGGGACACAUUGAUUGGUUUUUAUCUCUUUGAUGGGUUUGGUUCAUACGAUUUUGUUGCUUUAGUGUUUACCUCGUAUAUACGGGAAGACGUGUUCGUACACUUUUGGACUUCUUUUGCCGAUGUCACUGCUUUUUUCCCCUGCUGGCACUCUCUAAGGUUCUGUCGGUUUCUUGAUCGCUGCUAGUUUCACUGUAUUUUUACUGCUUUGUUAUGAUUUGAUUGUGAUGUAAACCUUGACCUCCAUCUCAAAAUCUCUAUUGAUGACUGUUGGAAGAAAAUAACAUGCCUACGACCAUAAGGAAAUUCUUGUAUUAAUUCUCUCCCUGACACCCAACUCGCAUGCAUUUAUGCACAUGCAUGCAUGCCUGCCAUAAAUACACAAUGCUCCCAUGAUUAUAUACAUGCAGAUACAUACAUGUAUUUGGUAGUGAUUCAAAUACAUGGAUUCAUGUCAUGCACAUAUGACGUAUGCUUGGUCACAUUGUCACGCAAUCAUGCACUUUGCUGGGGGUAGAGCUAGAAUAUACCAAGUCCAAUGGACUAUUGAAAACCAUAAACCAUGGGGACCAACACCGUUAAAUGGGAUGAGAGCAGGAGUCUCUCUCUCAUAAUUUCAUUAAACGGUGAUGACCCCUAUAGAUUAUGGUUUUCUGUAGCCUGGUGGAUUAUAUCAAUUCUUUCUCUUUGCCAAAUGCUACUCUAAAAAUGCUUGUAUAAUAUGAUUUUUUGAAGAAUUAUGAAGAAUUUAUUGUGCAUCACGAAGCCAACGAAAAUGUGUAUCGCAUCUACUCAUCCCACAUGCAUGUGCUGGUAAUUGUCACACAAUAUCAGAACACUGGCACAUUGCCAUAUGCAUGCACACACAAAUGCAUUUGGUAGAUCCUAUGAAAUUUGCAGGUACUGUUGCAAUGCCUUAUUGUUGGCAGUCAAGUGCUGGAUUAGCCCAACUCCAUGACAUUGAGGAAAUGAAUUGUCGUAGGAACCGAAAUCUUUCUCGAUGGGACUUCGAAAAAUGAAAUGAGAAUGUAGUCUCUCAAUGUGAUUUAGAAUAUGAACCACUAGAAUAGAAUAAGGUUGUAUUUCUCGACUAUAAUAUGAUUCCCACAAUGAGGCCUAUUCACUCCUCAUUUUCGGUUUUUUUGAUGAUGCAUUCGGUUGUACCGAUCAAUCUUAGUACGUAAUUUGAUUAUGCCUUGAGCGUUA